AGCUUGGCCCCCAGCGCACCCGCCCGCGUCCCAAAAGAGGAGGGAGCGGGUUGGCUGUGACACCGGAGGUGCGCAACGCUGCUGUUCCCCUGGGCGGAGUGUUUCCGGCGUGCGAGCAGCAUGGCCGCGGUGCCCCCCGACUCCUGGCAGCCGCCCGCCGUCUCCAUGGAAACCACCAUGGGGACCAUUGUCCUGGAGCUGUACUGGAAACACGCGCCCAAGACCUGUAAGAACUUCGCUGAAUUAGGCAGGCGAGGUUAUUACAAUGGCACAAAGUUCCACAGGAUCAUUAAAGACUUCAUGAUCCAAGGGGGAGAUCCGACGGGAACAGGCAGAGGGGGUGCAUCCAUUUAUGGGAAGCAGUUUGAAGAUGAACUUCAUCCAGAACUAAAAUUUACAGGUGCAGGAAUCCUUGCCAUGGCUAAUGCCGGCCCAGACACGAAUGGCAGUCAGUUCUUUAUAACCUUGGCACCAACCCAGUGGCUCGAUGGGAAGCACACUAUCUUUGGCCGUGUUUGCCAAGGGAUUGGGGUGGUGAACAGAGUGGGCAUGGUGGAGACAAAUGCCCAAGAUCGCCCAGCAGAUGAUGUGAAGAUUCUGAAGGCUUACCCAUCGGGUUAGACCAGGGUCCUCUGCAGUUAAUCUGUUGGCACUCCCAUGUGUUAAAUCCUGUAUCCCCCAUGGGAUUGUCCUGUCAUUCCAGGGAAUGCGAGCCAGUGGUUUAGGCCCAGCGUUUACCUACUCUACAAUCUAUUUGAGGCAGUUUUUUUUUAAAGUAAAGCGGAUUUAAAAAUAUCUACAAUUAGUUUGCCUAGGAACUAAAGUGAACCGGGUUCUCUUCAAGAGCGCUGGCAGUGCUGUUUCUCCUGAGCUACCUCCUGCCUCACUGGGGAAAGGGUCUCUUGUCAAAGCCUUGUGGCCUGAAAUUACCCCUGCUGAACCCUGUUUUGGUUGGUGUGCCCAGGGUGCAAGUACCCACCAUGCCACCCCUUUGCUCUCUGUUCUGAGUGGUAAGGGAACUGUCUCAUGCAAAGGCCACACAGAGCAGAUGGCUGGCAUGCCAUGCAUACUCACAGCUGUGCUGCAAUCCAGUGUGGCUGUUGGACCUCAGCAGCAAAGGAGCAAUAACAAGGUUGCAGCACUCUCUCCUUUGAGGGUGAGGGAGUUGACAUGUCGAGAGAAGGAAGAUUCUAAUCAGGAGAGUCUGACAACUUGCAUCCUCAUUUAUUGGUAAACGUUGGGCCUAGCCAGCUUGACGGCAUCCCCUUUAACACACUCUCCGAGCUGGGCAAUCAGUGACUUUGUCUUAUUUUUCUAAAAGGCAACCAAAAGGCCAUGUUAAUCUAUAGGAUCAUUUGAACCAAGAGUACAGUGGAACAUGAUUAAUGUGCCGAACUGGACUAGGAGAACAGGCAGUGGGAAAUUUUUCCCCAGCACCCAAGAACUUAUUCCAGCAUGUGGGGCUACCUUAAAUGUCAUUCAUUCAUGUUUAGAAUGAACUUGUAAGGAGAAUCCACAGCUUCCUGGAGAAGAGCAGAAUCUUCCAUGGUCUCUAGGAUAUGGAUACCGAAUCCCCCUCUCUCAGAGAACUGAGUUUCUGUGAAAUCUAAUUCAGCCCCCCCGUUAAAGCUCCUUGUCACAGGAGACUUGUUGCAGGAAGACAGAUGUGUGCGUGCAUGGAAGAUCAGUGUGCUCUCGUAUACUCUUUGUAAUACAUGGAUUUUCUUAAAAUAAAGGUCUGAAAUGCA